CAUCUAGGUAAUUUAUGACUAUCAAUCAUAAUUCGUGUCAUUUUAUUUCGUUAAAGUGAUUUGUGUUAUGACAACAGAAGUGUUAAUGCGAUCGAGAUCUCCAAAGCUAAAGCUAUGGAGUUUGAUGAAUUAAUGAACAAAGAACUUGAUUUACUAAUCAGAAGCGUUCACCAUAAAGCAACGGAUUUGAAAACAGGAAAAAAGCAAAAUAAAAAUCUCAGAGUGAGAUUUAAAAAGGAUCAUGACGAUGAUGAUGACUUGCCAGUAGAUAAAGAUCCACUUUGCGAUUAUGAAGAAGACGAGGCUAAUGCUAAAUGGGUGCAAGAAAAUCUCCCUGGAGGGAAGAGCGAGAAAUCUGAUGCCAUCCUUAACUGUCCUGGAUGUAUGUCUGUGUUAUCUCUAGUUAGUCAUAGGCACCCACAUUUCAAGACACAAUAUUAUACAGAAUACCCUAUCAAUUGUAUUGUGGACGAAACUCAAAUCAUAUCUCGAACGAUAUCAAAACCACAAAAUGCGAAAAAAUCUCCAGAAAGCAGUUUGAAAUCAAACCGGAAUGUCAUGAAGGAAUAUCACCCGGUCACUUGUAAAGUAUGCGGUAAUUCAGUCGGAUUUAAGGAAAUCCAGACCAAUAUGAUCUACUUCAAUGACAUACUUGCAAGUCAUAGUUAACCGAAGGGAUUUUUUGCACAGGAUAAGUUGUGUGGCUACUUAAUAACAUUAAGUAGCUUGUUCCGAGUAACAUCAAUUCAUGGACUAGGACUUUUUGUGAACAACUUUAUUUCACUGCAUGUAAAUAAAUUGCUUUUUAAUCUCGGAAAUUAAUAAAAUAUCGGGCAAAG